GUCGAUUCGCAGAUUCGCGGAGGGGGAGCGCGUGUAUGUAUGUGUGCGCGCGCGCGCGCGUGUGUGCGCGGUGUGGCGUGUAUGUGUUGAGUCUUCGCUGCGUCCUCGUUUGCUCGCGCCUUGACGCAUCGGGGAUACACACACCGGGGUUACCGCCGCUGACCGCCGCCGCUAUCGGCCGCUGUUGCUGAUUCCCGAAGAGGACGAAGCUGCGAGAACGGGCCACCUGCUAUUACAAAGCAUGGAGAUAUCCAAGAGCCUGCAGGAGGAGAUCGUCUCCGUGCAAAACAAACUGCAGAAAGCGAUACUCGAGCAUCAGACGUGCGUGGGAAAGUCGAAGGACGACCCAAAUAACUCAGCCAUUCUUGGCCAAAUACAACAGAUUCAGCUGCAUAUCAUCUCUUUGGGAAGAAGCCAGAAGCAAAUUGUACAGCGGCUACGUAAAGAAGUGGAAGCGUUCAAGGCGGACAACGCAAACGGAUCGAAAAUUUCCAUACCAUCUCUUUUAGGUCUGAACAAUAACAAUCACAUUACAAACAAUAACGAGACGAAGCAUGAAGCUGCCGUUGAAAAUGGAUUUGAAACAAAAUCUUCCAAAGAAGAUUACGAGGAAGUUGUCAGAAAUGGCGACGUUCAUCGUUCACCCGAACAAGAAAACGAUUGUGCAAAAUUAUGUCCUAGUUCGGUGGAAACUAUCUCCAAUGAAGAUGACGUCAUGGAGAUGUCAAUGGACGAAAACUCUAACGAGAAGCAAGAAGAAAUGCAACAGGAAGAACAAGAUGACGCUGAAUCAGCGGAACAACAAAGUUUCAUGUAUAUUCUCGGACUUAUCACUAAAUCGAAAUUUAUAGAGCUUCAAAAUAAGAGAGUAGAAAGAAAGCGUCGCAGCACGGCAAAUCCGCAAUUUGUGUAUUCCAUGCUUGAACAACCAUCUGUAAGUAAGCGAAAGAGACAUACGUACCUGCAAUCCGGAAAUGCGCCACAUACUCGGCAGACGACAGCGCGUAUGAACGGUCCGUCACCACCACCUCUUAGCAAACCUCAGCCAACCAAAUCUACCUCAACAUCUCCACCAGCUCAAACAGUAACGAAGUCGCUGAUUCCAAUUCAAAGAUCCAUCACUAGGCCAAAUAUUCUCCGGAACACGGACAGCAAAGUCUUCGUGAAUAAAAGCAAAGCCGAAGACAAUCAAACGCGAUCGUCCGUGCCUAGUGCCAAAUCAAUUCAGUCGAUAAGCAAUAAGACUGUUCACAUACCUGGACUACCGUCUAGCCUGACUAUCGAGAGAAUCGAAAAUGACUCUAUCGUGUGCAUCUGUUGUAGAAAUCCAGGUAUAUUAACGGUGUGCAAGAAUUGCUCAAAUAACUAUCACAUCUCGUGUCACAUUCGAUCAUCGGCUCCAGCCAGAAUAUGCCCAAAAUGUGUAUUAACAAUGGAUGAAGAUGAAGAUGUAAAGGAUGAAGUAGCUGAGAUUGAAAGCCAAGUGGAAGAAGAGAACAAAUUGCCGCGUUGCAAAAAAGAUGAAAAAUUCGUUACAGCAGCGCUUGCACCAGGAGCUAUUGGGAAAACAAGAGAAGACACAGAAGUCAAUAAAACGACUAGUGGAUUUCAUAAAGUUGAUACAAGCCAGAAAAAACACAUCCUCUCCAGUACCUUCGGCGUCAACCAGUUGUCCGCCUCAACCUUCCUCAUCCCGAUCGCCCCAAACAACACCUCCACCUCAAUCGUCGACCAAUCAGAAAGCGGCAAAUUCACUCCCGUCGUCGAUACCGAACAACGACAGCAAGACAUCGUGUCCCGCAACUCUCACGAUCUCUACCAGCAUUCACGAUCGAGCAUCACCUACGUUCAAGCAAGAGAUCAAAUGCCUUGCUCCUACCAAUUGUCCAGUAGCGCCGUCCAGCAAGAAAAACAUCAAUCAUAUCUCAUUGUCAAAGCAGUCGAACCGACUGGGAGGUGCAAUCAGCCUAGUGACGGUGAAACCGACGACCAAAACCACUCUACCACCACUCGCUCAAGUAACAACCUUCAGCUCUUCUCAGGCCAAGGCAUCACCCGGUGCAACGACAUCCGUAAAAAGCAAAUCAGUCAAGGAGUCCCAUCGCUACACCGUGUCCCUUUACCAAAACUGUCAAAUUCUCCUGCCGAGAACUUCUAUCACUUGGACCGAGCGACCUUCAAUGGCAGAAAGCCCUGGGCCAAGCUCACACGUGGAAAACUCUGUAUCAAUCAGUCAGCCAGACUCGCCACAGAGAACGUAUUGUCUUUCUACAGCGACGCCGAAAACAACGAUGACGAGCAAGUACAGCACCGACCAAAGUCAACCGGAUCAGCAGAAGAGACAGGAGCAGCAGCGAACUUCGACAGUCGUAGUAAACACGGAACAAGAGCCAGCACUCUCAUGCACACAAUUUUCUCAAACUGUAACAAGCCCUAUACCAUCACCAGUCGUGUACGCGAGUCACGAAGCUUCGGCCCAAACGACCGAGACUAUCCGCUCCUCCGACAGCAGCUCUGCCGCGCAGUGCACGAAUUUGAAUCCCGAGAACAAUCAGACGAUAAGCCAGCAACAGUCCAGCUCCAGCGGCGCGCUCUCACGAGAUUCUUCGAGCACGUGAAAUUGGAAGAAGCGCAUAUAUCAGCGCCACUUGGAACAAAGCUAGCAUCUCAGGACGAAGUCAAUGACGAUAUUUCCCGAGAAAACACGCGCAUCGAUGACGGUGGUGCCGUUGCUGAAACUCCACUGUUGACGUCGUACGACGAUCUGGACCGAAAUCAUGUGGUCGUCCGCUGGACAGAAAACUACCGUGACGAUGGCAACGCCACCAACAACAAGUCGCCCGUCCAUCAUUCCUCGGACGUAGCCUUAACACAUUCCGGCGAUCUCGCCGGCUACGAGCUUGAUCGCGAUAACGCACAAGUCGAUCUUCGAUCGAACGAUCAAUCGGCGGCGUUCCGCGCUCUCUCGCUGCGUUUCGCACAAAGCAAUCCGUGUACCCGUGUGGAACUUUCCAGUAAGGUUUCUGUUCCUGAUGAUAAGGCUGACACCGAGAGACAAGACUUAUCCAGUGGUAGGCGAUCGAAAAGCAGAAGUAGUAGCACCAGCAGCAGUGGCCAUAGCGACACCCCCGAACAAGCAAUGAACAGUGCGAGUGACCUCUUGAAUGAAUACGAACUUUUGGAUCUUGACGUUAUCUCUCCACGUGAAACGGUGGAGGAAGAGGAAGACGAGGAGGAGGAGGAGGAGGAGGAAGAGGAAGAGGAAGAGGAGGAGGAGGAGGAGGAGGAGGAGCCACGCGAAUCUCUGAUGGUGCGUGAGCCUGAUCACGGUGACGCCACCACUGGCUAGACAUAGUUAGGCUAAUUAUAUUGACCUUGUGUUAAAGUACGUUUCGCAAUUAAAAAAUUUGUGGAGAGAGUCUCGGCGAUGCGUUUUUCGUAAAAUUCUCUCAAAAGAAAACCACCGUGUGUGCUUUUGCGCAAAUCGAUUUUCAACAAAAAACCAAUUAUAUAGCGCUUACGUCACGAUCAUGUAUUCUAGAAAUAUUUUAUGGCGACAUUCUUGUCAAGCUCUCGUGUCAAUCGCCUGCAUGAUCGCGCAUAUAUCCCGAAAUUAACAUAAUUUGUAUAUAUCGAUUCUUCUGUAAUUAAUUAUCUUAAAUCAAACAAAGUCGUGGCGACUCUACUAUUUUUUCUGCUAUUUAAUUUUGUACGUAUUUUUUUGCAGAACGAAUCGUUACUUCCUACGUAUAAAUUACACAAGUGUCACACAUACGAGAUUCUUAAUUUAUUGCACAGAGGUCAUGACACUUAGAAAAAAGUCAUGUUCUUUGUGGCCAUCAAAUAUUCACAUAUAAGGUAAAAACUUUGAAACCGAAAGAAUCCUUUAACUAAAGGGAGAAACAUGUGAAGUUUUGAAAACUGUCUCUCUUCUAAAAUUGGCGUUUUAAAGUUACGGGAUUGACGUAACUCCAAAAUGCAAAUUUAUAUACGUAGGGAGUGACGAAAUUAUCGCCACUAUGUUUCGUUACGUGUUUGUUUGUUUGUUUUUUUUUUUUUUUUUGUUCUAUUACAUAUCAAAGUCUAUUAGUGAUGCAAAUGUAUUUUUUUGUCAGUUACAUUUCUCUGUACUUACUGACAAAAAAAAACAAAUCUGUAGAAAGUUGAUUGGUAACCGCAACUGAGUGGUUAAAGAAUUUAAUCGCGUUCUUGUUUCUCAUUGAUUUACAUAACUCGUGCAAUGAUUUCCGUUACAAAAUAUAGAGAAGUCGCCGGAAAAAAUUUACUAUACUUUUUUUUUUCAUUAAAUUAUUAAUCGCGUUCGUACAUAUAAAAAGGAGCAUGUAUAUAUAUCGGGAAACCAAUGUUUUUAGUCAAGUGUGAGAAAUCACGCAUCAACAUUACAUUGCCGCAGACACGUUGGUGACUAAACAAAUACGAUAAUUGAUGUCACACAGGUGUGAUGCUAAUGAGAGAAAAUUGUUUUUUUUUUUUUUUUGUUUUUUUUUCUGUACAUUUCGUAUGUGUAUAUAUAUCUUGUAUUUGUGAUUCUAUGAAUAGAGAAACAAGUACAUAUCCGAGAUUUUGCGUAAUAUUAACGUUUAGAGAAAGAAAGCCUAACUAUAUACGUGAAUCAAGUCAUAUUACCAUACUGCCUUAAUAGUGAUGUAAACGUGGUUCUUUGUAAAAAGAGAGAGAGAAAAGAAACAAACCGGCAAUCAGAAAGUUAUGCGCAUCCCAGUAAAACUACACAAACGUGUGUGACGUGUAAUCUCGAUGAUUGAGGAAACGUUGAAUGAAACAAUACGGUUUAUAAUCAAAUCCUCGUUACCAUAAUUGAAAAUGUAGAUAUUAAGAGUCGUCGAGUCCCAUAGAGAGAGAGAGAAAGAAAGAGAGAGAGACUCGAUCAGAAUCUAUUGUUCCGUUUCUCACAAAAGUUGUAUCCUUGCCGAAAAGAGUUACAAGAAGAGAGAGAAACAGAGAGACAGAGAAAGAAAGUUAAAAGAGUGAAAAGGGAAAGAAGAUUUAUGUACGCGUAUGAAUGAUUGCUACGUUUUUUCUUUUUGGUACAACUUCGAUGUUUGACAAUGAAUGAAUUUUAAUGCGAUAGUGAUUUUUUUCGCUUCAAUGAACCGAUCUGUGAUCUUUUGCAAUGUUCUGCAAACAGAGUCCAGAAUUGACCGUUUGAAGGAUACAAGUACUUCGAUAAAAAAUAUCGAUACUAUUAUUAUUAUCAUUAUUAUAUAAUUAUUACAUUAUUAUUGCUUAAAAAUACGAUAGUAAUUUUUAAGUUCGACGAGCCAUAUUAAUUAUUUAUUUCAUAUUAAUGUUAAGUUCUUUUAAGGGCGUUAUCGCUGCCGGUUUGCUCGAAAUAUUUAAGUAUUGUAUAAAAGUAAGGAAAAAGUUGUUAUGCAAUUGUAGGCAACGGAGAAAGUGAGAUCGAAAUUCGUAUUUUUUAUGAAAUAAAAAAAACCGCUGAAAUAGCA